GUGAGGCAUGAUUCGUUCGCUGGGCCGCAUUUCCUCGGCAGUACUGUUUCUCCGCGGGAAGCACCACCUCUCGACGCGAUUGGUUGCAGUGGCCGUCAGUCAGCGUUUAUAAAGCCGGUGAAAAAGGAGGGCGGGCUUAUCUAAGAAAAUUAUAAGGUCAUUUGAAAUAGCGAAGCUAUAGUCCAUCGUUAAAAUGUAGAUAAUGACAACAUCAGAAUGAAUAUUUGAAUUUAAUGGGGACGAAAGUCUAUCAGAGACGGUUUGUGUAAUCGGUAACGUUACGCAAGAAGAAAAGCGCAUCUGUCAGGCCGGCGUGUGCAUCAGCGCUACUAAACGGCAGAGCGCUGGGAGGUUUUACUAAAGCGAUCACGGUGGAAUCGCACGGAACGGGCUCCACUUCUGACAUAAUACGCACAUUACAGUGACUGCGGACACGGGAGACCAGGAUGCUGCGGUUGGGAUGCUCCACGGUCUUGUUCUUCAUGCUCAGGCUGGUCCUGGGUUUGGCCUGGUUUCAGGUGGUCCCCUCUACCCUCAUCUUCUACCUGGGCACUGGCGGAUGGAGGACGCUGCACGUGUUCAUGAGGACCAUUGGCCGGGACCUGCAUGCGGCCGGCGUUCUGCUGAAGGUGAAGCUGAACGUGAAGCGGCACCUUCGCGAGCAUAACACGGUGCCCAAGAUCUUUGCCAAGAUGGUGCAGAAGUACGGCGACAAGCCGGCACUGAUCUUCGAGGGCACGGGCGAGAUGUGGAGCUUCAGGCAGCUGGACGAGUACUCCAACCGUGUGGCAAACUUGCUCCUGCAGCGUGGCUUCGGCGAGGGCGAUGUAGUGGCCCUAUUCAUGGAGAACCGCUCGCAGUAUGUUGGUCUGUGGCUGGGCAUGGCCAAGCUCGGAGUAGAGGCAGCCCUCAUCAACUUCAACCUCCGGCUGGAGGCCCUCGUGCACUGCGUGAACAUCUCCAACGCCAAGGCCGUGAUAUUUGGCAGUGAGCUCUCCGAGGCGAUGUGCGAGAUUCAUAGCUCUAUGGAUAAGGCAGUGAAGCUGUUCUGCUCUGGCGACUGGGACCCUAAACGUGUUCCUGAGGUAACAGAGUGCCUGGAGCCACUUCUGGACUCCGCCCCCACGCACACGCCCAGCCAACCACAGCGCGGCUUCACAGAUCGCCUUUUCUAUAUUUACACAUCUGGAACGACUGGGAUGCCGAAAGCUGCGAUUGUCGUGCACAGCAGGUACUAUCGCAUGGCUGCUCUGGUGUACUACGGCUUCGGCAUGACCUCAGACGACGUGCUGUAUGAUUGUCUCCCGCUGUACCACUCAGCAGGUAACAUCGUGGGUGUUGGCCAGUGUCUGAUGCAUGGCAUGACCGUCGUCAUCAAGAGGAAGUUCUCAGCGUCGAAGUUCUGGGAUGACUGUAUCAAAUAUAACUGCACAAUCGUGCAGUACAUCGGUGAGAUCUGCCGUUACCUGCUGAACCAGCCUGUGCGGGAAGCUGAAGGGCAGCACUGUGUGCGCAUGGCUCUGGGCAACGGCCUGCGUCAGUCCAUCUGGGAGGAGUUCAUGCAGCGCUUCAGCGUGCCACAGAUCGCAGAGUUCUACGGAGCCACAGAGUGUAAUUGCAGCCUCGGCAACUUCGACAACAAGACGGGGGCCUGUGGCUUCAAUAGCCGGAUCCUGCCCUACGUCUACCCCAUCCGGCUCGUCAGAGUGGAUGAAGAGACCAUGGAGCUUAUCAGGGGUCCUGAUGGAGUGUGUUUACCAUGUGGUCCAGGUGAGCCUGGACAGCUGGUGGGCCGUAUCAUCCAGAACGACCCCCUGAGACGCUUCGAUGGCUACGUCAACCAGUCGGCCACCAGUAAGAAAAUCGCCCAUGACGUCUUCAAGAAAGGAGACAGCGCCUACCUGUCAGGAGACGUGCUCGUGAUGGAUGAGUAUGGCUACAUGUACUUCCGGGACCGCACGGGAGACACCUUCCGCUGGAAGGGCGAGAACGUCUCCACCACCGAGGUGGAGGGGACCCUGAGUCGUCUGCUGGACAUGAAAGAUGUGGUGGUGUACGGAGUCGAGGUGGCGGGAGCAGAGGGUAAAGCAGGCAUGGCGGCUGUGGCGGAUCCGGACCACAACACGGACUUGGAGAAGUUCAGCCGAGAGCUGGAGAAAGCGCUGCCCCCUUACGCUCGACCCGUCUUCCUGCGCUUCCUGCCAGAGGUCAACAAGACAGGCACCUUCAAGUACCAGAAGGCAGACCUGCGCCGGGAGGGCUUCAACCCUGGCCUGGUGUCCGAUCAGCUGUACUUCCUGGACUGCAGUAAGGGACGCUACGUGGAGCUGGACGCAGAACGCCACCGUAGUAUUGUUUCAGGAAAGCAGAAACUCUGAGAGGCCACUGCCAACUCCGCCCGCCCACUCGCUCAUAAAACUCCGCCCAGUUUGCAGUCCUGCCCUUCGUUACCUCGGCAGUUGCAGUGAGGGGCAACAGGGACACAGAAGAGUCACGCUCAAGCCCCGCCCCUCUGCUCCAUUCAUUCAUGAGUCACGUUCAAGCCCCACCCCUCUGCUCCAUUCAUUCAUGAGUCACCUUCAAGCCCUGCCCCUCUGCUCCAUUCAUUCAUGAGUCACCUUCAAGCCCCGCCCCUCUGCUCCAUUCAUUCAUGAGUCACCUUCAAACCCCGCCCCUCUGCUCCAUUCAUUCAUGAGUCACCUUCAAGCCCCGCCCCUCUGCUCUGUUCAGUUGUUCUGACACCCAAAGUCUCUCACCUCCACCCUUCAUGGCCGGAUGGGACAGAGAAGGGCAUCUGCAUCUCGUAAAGCAAAAAAUUAAUUAUUUAUUUAAUUAAUUACAACAUUUAGAAAACAUACAAAGUAAGGAAUGAAAUACAGUGGUUGUAAAGAACAUGGCAUAACUUGGAACACUGUCGAGGUGUGAAGCCUGUUCCCCUCUGCCUGACCUGCACAGGAUAAAAGCCCAGGAACUGUUCCUCGGUUCAGCGUGUAGGGGUUUAAGCGCGAGUGUCUGCACGCUCCGUUCAGUGUAAGUGUUUUAAGUUCUUUGUGGAGACACUCCGAAGGCCUGCUCAGCAGUGGACCAAAACCGCAUGAAUAAUCACACAGCGUCAGCCCAGCCCAGGCAGAGCAAUACACAGCCAUACAAUGACUCAAUCGGUCACUAUUUAUUUAUUUUGAUACUGGCACCAAAUAUAUUUAAGUUGUAUAGUAGGUUAGCAUUUAUUUAUAAGGCACUGUAAAUGUGUUGUUAACAGCAAGCCACUGAUCUACACUGUCUAUGUGUUUUAUGAUUGCCCUAACUUUGUCUGGCACAUUCCUGCAGACCUGCAGGUCUUUGUCUUGGUGUGUAUACACUGCAUAAAAGCUUUGUUUUGUUUUGUUUUUUCUUGCUUAUGUCGAAUGCAUGUGCAAAUAUGGACAUGAACAUCAUAUGAGCAUAUGAACCGUGUGGGGUAUGGUAGUGUUGUGCAGCUCGGGCUGGAGUUGUUGGCUUCAGUUUGGUUUGACAUGGUGGUGGUUAUGGGGGGUUUAUGUGGCAUGUGACUCCUCUCAGCUGGAAUUUUCCAGAUUCCUGGAAGUUUUUAUACAGAGGCUCACGAGAGGAACAUGAUGACCUGGUGCAAAAGAGCACAAUUUCCCGCACUCUUGUAGCAGUGCCCCCUCCUGGCCGAUUAAGAUUGUGCUACUGCUCCGUCCAUUUUACCACACCUUGUAUGUUGUGUUUUUAUUGAAGCAGCAUGAAUGAUUCACACAGAGAACCGUGCCUUACUGUGACCUCAGCCCAGGGCUCACAGGCCCUGUCCCGAGCCACUGCUCCAGCCUGGGGCCCUGGGCUCAUAUUCUCUGUUCCCUGCUUCCUUUCUCUUGUGCACUUGCAAUCUUCCUAAGUCCCCUUCACCUGUCAUGCUUUGGUCGUGACAGUUGAUGUCUGUCUGUCUGUCUGUCUGUCUGUCUCUCUCUCUCUCUCUCUCCCUCUCUCUCUCUCUCUCUCUC